AUGUUUUUCUCCCAGGCCGGGGCCCGGCCGCGGAGGUGGGAAGCCAGCCAGUCGGAACACAAGAAGUGGGUGGAAGUAUUUAAAGCAUGCGAUGAAGAAAACAAAGGCUAUCUAAGCAGAGAGGACUUUAAAGUUGCUGUUCUAAUGCUGUUUGGAUACAAGCCUUCCAAGAUAGAAGCUGAUGCUGUGAUGUCCUCAGUAGAUCCAAACACUUCCG